AUGGAGAACACAGCUGCCGGAACACCUAGGCAGGUGGAAUACAAGGGCACAGAGUACAAUGUCAUCAAGGAAGGACUCGCGCAUAUCCUCAACCCUCCGUCUCAGGAAGCCGCCUCCAAGGGACCAAAGAGGCACCUCAAAGAGGACGACCAAGCCCAAUCCGUUUUCUACAACCCAAUCCAGCAAUUCAACCGCGACCUGAGUGUGCUAGCCAUUCGCGCGUAUGGCGAACAUGCCAUGGACCUAAGGAAGAAAAAGACGGAUCAGAAGAUGAAGAAGCGCGCAGGCAAUGGCGAAAAGAAACGCAAGCGCGAAGACGACGAGAAUGAGAACGAACAGGUUCCGAGGCCCGCACCCAAGGAGGGAGAGCAAGAGGGCAAUGCGGAAGAGAACGAGCAGCCAGUAUCUGCCCCAGUCGACCAGCAAGCCAAUGCAAACCCCGAGAAACAGCACCCGCCACCAUCUUUUACAGUUCUUGACGCCCUGUCCGCAACAGGCCUGCGUGCUCUUCGCUACGCCUCGGAACUUCCCUUCGUCACCAAGGUCGUGGGAAAUGACAUGUCCGAGUCGGCAAUCAAGUCCAUGAAGACCAACAUCGAGUACAACAAGCUCGAGGGCCGCAUCCAGCCUAACCUGGGCGAUGCCCGCGCCUUCAUGUACGGACUCGACCACGCCGACAAGUUCGACGUGAUCGAUCUCGAUCCCUACGGCACAGCAGGCCCAUUCCUGGAUGGCGCCGUUCAGGCAGCCAAAGAUGGUGGUCUCCUCUGCGUCACCUGCACGGACGCCGGUGUCUGGGCCUCAACCGGCUACUCGGAGAAGGCGUUCGCUCUGUACGGCGGUAUCCCCGUCAAAGGCCAACACUCCCACGAGGGCGGUCUCCGUCUGAUCCUGAACAGUCUUGCUAUGUCAGCCUCUAAAUACGGAAUCUCCAUUGAGCCGCUCCUGUCUCUGUCCAUUGAUUUCUACGCCCGCGUCUUCGUGCGCGUUUACCGCUCCCCUGCCCAAGUCAAGUUCAAUGCAGGUAACACCAUGCUUGUAUGGAACUGUGAUGCCGGCUGCGGCGCCUGGUCUACCCAACCCAUCGCCUCGACAAGGGAACGCUCAGACAAGAAGGGAAACCCCUUCUACCACCACGGCAUAACCAAGGGCCCAACCUCCAGUCCAAACUGCGAACACUGCGGCACAAAAACACACCUCGCAGGUCCAAUGUGGGCAGGACCCCUUCAUAACCCAAUCUUCAUCCAAAAGAUCCUGGACAUGCUCCCCGGCGCCGACAAACAAACCUACCAAACAACCGCUCGCAUCGAGGGCAUGUUAACAACAGCCCUGGAAGAAGACCUGGACCUAACCCCAUCCAAGUCAUCAGCCGAAACCUCGACACCCAAACCCGAAACCGAAACCGAAAUCAACAUCAAAACCUCCGACUCAGACAAAACCUCCUACCCAGCCCUAAUCCCCCGCCAACCCCUAACCCCCAAGCCCCUGCACCCAUUUUACUUCUCCCUAAGCGCUCUCUCAAAAGUCCUGCACACAACAACACCGCCCAUCGAUGAAUUCCGCGGCGCAAUCGCCCACCUGGGCUACCGCUCAACCCGCAGCCACACGAAACCAAACUCUAUCCGCACUGACGCCCCCUGGGCUGUUGUCUGGGAGAUUAUGCGUGAAUGGGUUCGUCAGCACGCUCCUAAUAAAUCUCCUUCUUUGAAGCCUGGUACCGCCGGUGCUGGGAUUAUGGCUAAGAGUCGUGAGAAUUUGCGGGUGUCUUCCGGUGGAGAUGGGCAGGGUGAGGGAGUGGGUGACCAGAGCCUUUCGACUUUGAAGACUGAGUUGCUUGCUGCUAUUCAAGGUGGGAGGGAUGUUGGGGAUCUCGUUACGAAGGUUGAAGCUGCGCUUUAUCGGUCUGGUGCGAGGGGUGGCAAUGCGAGUGCUGGGAAGGGAAAUGAGGGUGUUUCUUCUGGUGAUGCUUCUGCGCCUGCGCAGACUGCUCCCUCUACCUCUACGUCUCCGUCUAAGCCUCCUCAUCCUAGUACCCUCCAAGUGACGUUCGAUGCUGAGCUUGGUCGCCAAGUGUCGGAACAGCAUACUAGUAAAAGGCUUGUGCGGUAUCAGCUUAACCCUCGUGAACAUUGGGGUCCGUUGAAUCGGGCUGGGAGGUCGUGA